AUGUCUGUCACUAAAGAAUCACUUGAAAAGACACUCGGCGAGAAACUUAAAGCUGAGCACGUUGAAGCAUCAGAUACAUCCGGAGGAUGUGGUCAAAGCUUCGAAGUUAUAAUUGUAUCAUCACAAUUUGACGAGAAGUCAUUGUUACAACGGCACCGGCUGGUGAAUGAGGCUAUAAAAGAUGAAAUUUCGGAAUUGCAUGCUUUUUCGCAGAAAACCUAUACUCCAACUCAAUGGAUUGAACAGCAACAGCAACAACAAUCUUAA